UGCCGAUAAUACAUCUCGUAUAUAAACUUGAUUCAACUAAUAAUUCUCAGUUCAGUAUUAAGGGGCUAAUUGAAAGAACAUCAUCAUGUCGAUACCUAAUUUUACUCAUCUCAACGAACUUGCUUCAGAACGAAAUGGAGGAAAAAUACUUUUUAGUACGGACGACUGGUUUGCCACUGCUGAAAAUUUACUCAAGGAAGAAGAUGUUGAGUGGAAAGAAAAUUUGUUUACAAGCAAUGGAAAAUGGAUGGAUGGUUGGGAAACAAGAAGAAAAAGAAUUGCUGGUCAUGACUGGACAAUAAUUGCAUUGGGACGAUCUUCCGUUAUCAAAGGCAUAUGUGUAGAUACUGCUUUUUUCACCGGUAAUCAUGCUCCGAGAUUUUCUAUUCAAGCAGCUCGAUUAACACCUCAAGAAGAAAAUGCCUUCCCUAAACGAUUUUCUCAACUUGGUUCUGCCGCUAGUGAUAAGGAUCUAAAAACAAUGACUGAUUUAAAGACUGAGGAAUGGACAACUUUAAUACCAAUGACAAAAUUACAACCUGGAUAUCCCGAGACAAGGAAACACUAUGUAGAAAUAAUGUCAGAAGAAAAAUGGACUCAUUUAAGAUUAAAUAUUUUUCCUGACGGUGGAAUUGCAAGACUAAGAGUUUAUGGUUUUGCUAAACCCGAAUGGCACGCUGUUAAUAGUAAUACACUAAUUGAUUUAUUGUCAAUUGAAAAUGGAGGUGUUUGUAUGGGAUUUAGUGAUGCACAUUAUGGACAUCCUAAAAAUUUAAUUAAACCUGGAAGAGGAAUAAAUAUGGGCGAUGGCUGGGAAACGGCUAGAAAACACGAUAGACCUCCAAUAAUAAAACUUGAUUCAAAUGGAAUAAUUAAGUCUUACGGUGAUGAAUGGGCCUUAUUUAAAUUGGGUCAUGUGGGAAAAAUCUCCUCCAUUCAUGUUGAUACUAUUCAUUUUAAAGGCAACUAUCCUCAAAAUAUAAAAGUCGAAGGCGCUUUAGUUUCUUCUGAUGAAAAUAUUAAGGACGUUAAAUGGAAACUUCUACUGACACCUCAAAAGUUAUUUCCAGAUCAAGAGCAUAAUUUUGAAUUGAAUGAUCGCAUUGAAAAUGAUCCUAUUAAUUAUGUGAAAAUUUCAAUUGCUCCUGAUGGUGGUAUUUCAAGAGUAAGAAUUUGUGGUUUUAUUCAACCUAACUGGAAUGCUGUUAAUAAUAAUAAUUUAAUAGAUUUAGUGUCAAUCGAAAAUAGAGAUGUUUGUAGGGGAAUUAUGAAUGCUCAUUAUGGUGUUUCUAAAAAUUUAAUUAAGCCCUCAAGAGAAUUAAUUAAAGGCAAUCAUGCUGAAAAUAUACAAGUUGAAAGAGUUAUAGUUUCUUGUGAAAAAAAUGUUCAGGACGUUAAUUGGAAAUUUCUAUUGCCACUUCAAAAGUUAUUUCCAGACAAGGAACAUAAUUUUGAAUUGAAUGAUCGCAAUGAAAAUGGCUCUAUUAAUUAUGUGAUAGUUUCAAUUGCCCCUGAUGGUAGUAUUUCAAGGGUAUAACGAAAUAAAUUAUUCUUUAAUUCGAGCCUCACAAUUUGCGGAUAUAACUUCAAAAUAUUUUUGAAAGCUAAAAACCUAAGCAAUAACUUCGACGAAGAAAUUUUUUUUGAAUAUAUACUUUAAUAUAUGUGUAAGCUAAUAAACUAUCAUGAAUUUUUUUAAUUUAUUAUAGAAAAUAUGAAUACAUAUUAGUUUUAAAUUAUUUAUUAUUUAUAUUUGUUAACACUUCGAAUAUGUCUAUUAUUUAAAUAAUAAGUUUGUUUUUCACAUA